AUGAAAACGUUGUUAUCAAAAGCGUUUUCUUUGUCUUCUUACUCCGAAAAUUCACAAAUCAUCCCAUAUUACUAUAAAUCAGACCUCAAUAUGACAACAGAAGACAUCACCAUAGUCACAUUGGUAACCAGAAAUAGAAUUCCAAACCUUUCGAGACUUGCUACACAGUAUCAAGGACCUAUAUCUGCGACACUGCAUAUCUCAGAUGACGAAGAAGGUGAUCUCACAUUAGAAAUUCUCGAAAAUGCCCUGGAAAAGAACUACGCUAUGCGCCAUUUUGUAGAUAUUCAUGUUAUACGCGAUGAGUUCGACCGCGAACUAAACUUGUGGAGAAAUAUUGCUAAGCUGUUCGCCAGAACUGCCUACAUCAUGCAACUUGAUAUCGAUUUCUUUCCCAACACUGAUAUCAGAAAAUCAGUAUUAAGUGAUCCCGUUGCCAUGUCCCUGUUAAAAAGUGGUGAAGCUGCCUUGGUUAUUCCUGCUUUUGAGUACACAACGCAAGAUAAGGGUUUAGACUAUCGCCAAUUUCCCAAAACUAAAGCUGAACUCGUAAAAGAAUACAAUGCUAACAAGUUAGAGAUGUUCCACUCAUUCUGGACACCAGGUCAUGCCCCCACUGAUUACGAACGCUGGGUUGGUGGCGAAAAGGAAAUUUAUCAGGUGACCGAUUAUCAGUUCUCUUACGAACCUUAUGUUAUAUUUAAGAAUCAAGGGUCUAUGUGGUGCGAUGAGAGAUUUGCUGGUUAUGGUAGCAACAAGGCGGCAUGUUUAUUUGAGCUCUAUGUUUUGGGUGUUAAUUUUUACGUACUACCAAAUGACUUUAUUAUUCAUCAAACUCAUGCAUACCCCAAUGAAGCGAGAAAGAUUGAGCGAACUUACAAUCGCCGUUUAUACAGUCAUUUUAGGGAAGAAGUUUGCAUUCGUUUGGCGCGUAGAUUUAUCACCCAAAAAAAGUGGGACGACCCUAAAAUUGAAAACCUACGACGCGAGUGUGCAACCAUCAAACCUUUCCAAAGAGCCAUUACAAGGUUCUCAUAA